AUGGCGAUUUUAAGUGCUGUUUCUGAUACGGAUGAGGUCUGGGUCGGUACAUCUUUCGAAAUUACUUCAUGCAAUGAAUACGCCAUCCAAUACGAGCAUAAUCUUUUCAAGUAUAUUUUAAAUGACACGAUCAAGUUCUGCACGAAUAAAACAGAAAGGGGAUCUGUAAUCUGUUUAACUAGCGGAGCAAAAAUAGAAUAUAAACCCGAAACUGGCAAUGUGGACCAAGAAAACGCCCUAAAGAACAAAUCUUUCAGCAUUUGUAUAAAGGACCUAGACUCAAAGACAGAAUCCGAACUCUGCUUGACAGCCAACGACUACUCCAACGACAACUCCAUCAAAUACCUACCAACCUGGUACGGAAGCUUUCAACAGCAAUGGUUCGUAAAUGAAUACGGUUUUUUGGAGUCGAGGCAUAUGAACAACUUUGGCAUAGAUGUCGGGAAUGAUUUCAAAUGCAGUUUUGUUUCCCUUUACAACAGGUCGUCGUGUAGAGGUAUCGUCAAUAAAGAGUUGAAACUUUCGGUAAACUAUGCCUUGGUGAAGAAAUGUCAACCGAGUGAUGAGGAUGUGGCUACUUAUGAAACAGUAGCUACCUAUGACGUUGGUCUCAGCAGUUACAAGACAUUCGAAAACUUUGAACAGUGUUUCAGCGAUUUCAUGGGCUUUGGGUUAUUCUGUGUUGAGAAGCUGCCCUAUGCCAAUAAAAUUUACCUGAUUUACUCUAAUAAAAAUUCGCAAAGACCUGCACUGUGGUAUAAAAAUCCUAAUGGAUAUAUUCUGUUGGAAAACGAAAACUUCGCAAUCGAUAUUGCUGAACCUGUUGAUGUCUUUUUCAAAUACGACGUUCUUCUCAAUAGAGUCAAUUAUAGCGAUCCCAUAAAAGCGAACUUACUAAAAGUCGUUCCGUAUGAUCCGUCGAAAGCUUCAAUGAAAUGGAAAUUGGAUUCAUCUGGAGAAUUUCUAUGCAACGACGAGUUAAACCUGGUAACUGGAGUAGCGAGUGAUAUUUAUCCAAAUAGAGACUACGCUCUUCUGGUUGCUUUUAGCAGAAAUCGCAUCCCAAAUACGUACAAACAGUUUUACACGUUUCGCAAUGUUACCGAUGAUGUUUGGUCUUUUCUUGAAUCUUUGACAAAAAUUUAA